AUGACGCCCUCGACGAGGACCAAGACCAGCAUCGGCGAGCACACCCCCCAUCCUCGACUGCUGCCGUCGCCCGCCACCGUCCCCAUCAUCACUGCAACAACCCCCGCGACGACGAUGACGAAGACAAAGACUUCCACCACCAAUGGGAGCACUCCCAACUUCGCGGCAGCUACCAUCCUCACCGCCACCAGCACCGUCCCGCACUACCAGCAAUGCCGACCCAAUCCCAGCCAGUCCUCAUUUCGACCGCAUCUUCACAACCCGCAUCGGCCUGGUCGGUCGCCUGUACAUCAGUCGCACUGGUGCUAG